AUGAAGGCGAAAAACCGUGACCAGAGCCUGUCGGACUCCAGAGAGCUGGACGGGUCCUAUGAUCAGCUGACGGGUAAUCCUUCCAACAGCCAAAGCAAAAAAACCAUAAAGCAGCGAUUCCUCAAGCUGCUGCCGUGCUGCAAGCCCACGGUUACCCCCUCUAUCAGUCAAAACAGCGUGGAAGAUGAUUUUGAGUUAUCAACCGUGUGCCAUCGCCCUGAAAGCAUGGACAAGCUUCAGGAGCAGACCAAGUUCACCAAGAAGGAGCUGCAGGUCCUCUACAGGGGCUUUAAAAAUGAGUGUCCGUGCGGUGUGGUGAAUGAGGAGAACUUUCAGCACAUUUACUCCCAGUUCUUCCCUCAGGGAGAUUCAAGUAUGUAUGCACAUUUCCUGUUUGAAGCCCUCGACACCAACAAGAACGGCUCGGUUAGUUUUGAGGACUUUGUAUUUGGCCUAUCUAUCAUCCUGAGAGGGACCAUUAAUGACCGGCUAAACUGGGCGUUCAACCUCUACGACCUGAACAAGGACGGCUGCAUCACCAAAGAGGAGAUGUUGGACAUCAUGAGGUCCAUCUAUGACAUGAUGGGGAAGUACACAUACCCCACUAUGCAGGACGACGCCCCAAGAGAACAUGUGGAAAGCUUCUUCCAGAAAAUGGACAGGAAUAAAGAUGGGGUGGUCACCGUAGAUGAGUUCAUCGAGUCUUGCAAAAAGGAUGAGAACAUCAUGCAGUCCAUGCAGCUGUUUGACAAUGUCAUCUAA